UUCUCAUUACAUUAAAUCAUAAAGUCACAAACCUGAUCACACACACAUCACUCACAACAAGUCAACAAAUGUACAGUUAAAAUAAUAUAAAAAAAAUAAAAAUAAAAAGGGUGUUUUUUUAUUUUUCUAUUAAAAAAAAAAAAAAGAAGAAGAAAAACAGAGCACUAAUCACCACACUCGUCACCACCAGCCAAAGGCCCAAAGCCAAUAAUAAACCCCACCAUUUUUCCAUCAUUAAAUGCUACAACCUUAUUUGGACAACUUUAACAAGUAAAUCCCUCAUCAGAAAGUGAAACAUCCUUGGGCUUAUUCUGAACCUGAAAAUGGAGAAGAGCUGCCUUCUGGCUUUUCUUCUCUUUCAUACAACAAUUAUUAUCACAGAAGCUGCAUUUGGUGUGAGCGGUGGCGUUGGUGUUGGUGUCAACGUAGGCUCUGGAAACGGCGGCGUUGGUGUUGGCAUUGGCAACGGAGGCGGUGGGGGUGGUGGUGGUGGUUUUUGGGUUGGAAAUGGAGGUGGAAGUGGGAUCAAUGGCGAAAACCCAUAUGAUUAUUCUUCAGCUUCGAAGCUAGAGAGAGCUUACACUGCUCUACAGGCAUGGAAAUCUGCGAUCACAGAUGACCCAUCUGGGAUUUUGAAGUCUUGGGUGGGAACCGAUGUGUGUUCUUACAAAGGAGUGUUUUGUGCAGAUCCUCAACCCCAAAUGGGAGCAACACCUAAUCCGGUGGUAGCCGGAAUAGAUCUCAACCAUGCAAAUCUUCAAGGGACUCUUGUAAAGGAGCUAUCUUUGCUCACUGAUAUAUCUCUUCUUCACUUAAACACAAACAGGUUUUCUGGCUCUGUUCCUGAAACUUUCAAGGACCUUACUUCCCUCCUUGAGUUAGACCUCAGUAACAACCAGUUUUCAGGUUCUUUUCCUAGUGUCACACUCGAUAUCCCAAAUCUCAUCUACUUAGACCUCAGAUUCAAUAAGUUUUCAGGUCCCAUUCCUGAAAAUCUCUUCAUUGGAAGACUUGAUGCCAUAUUUCUAAACAACAAUGAAUUUGAUGGUGAGCUUCCACAAAGUUUGGGGAACUCACAAGCUUCAGUGAUUAACUUAGCUAAUAACAAGUUCAGUGGAGACAUUCCUUUUAGCUUCGGAUUCAUGAGUGGUUCAAAACUAAAAGAGAUUUUGUUUCUGAACAAUCAAUUGACGGGUUGCAUUCCUGAAGGAGUAGGAAUUUUCACAGACAUUCAAGUUUUGGAUGUGAGCUUCAAUACUCUAAUGGGUCAUUUACCAGAUACCAUCUCUUGCCUUCAAGACAUGGAAGUUCUCAACUUGGGACAUAACAAGCUUUCUGGGGUUCUUCCAGACCUCGUCUGUUCACUCAAAAGUCUCAUGAACUUAACAGUUGCUUACAACUUCUUUUCUGGGUUCAGCCAAGAAUGCAGCAAGCUCUUCUACAGGAAUGUGGGCUUUGAUUUCUCUUUGAAUUGCAUUCCGGGGAAAUAUAUGCAGAGACCUCAACCGGAAUGUUCUGUCAUCCCCGGCGGCGGAUUAAACUGCCUGAGGAUUCCAGCUGCAAGGCCUCUUGUUUGUGGGGCAGUGUCUAUAGGUUCAGAAAAUGUUACAAGCUCAGGAUCACCAUGAGUGAAGGUGAAGAAAAAAAAAAGGUGGGUGGGUGAAAGGUUGUAUUAUUAAUUAUUAGUAGUUAUGAUUUAGAUCGUCCCCAUUUAUUUCUUUUCUGGAUUAGGAAUUAGUACAGCCAAAAUUCUGGUAUCUGUCUUCAACAGAUGAGAUGAGAUAGAUCAUAUCCAGAAAGCCAAGCCAGUUUUUUUUUUUUCUUUUUGGGGGUUAGUUUCCACUUUCCAGAUAAAAUACUGUUAAUUACAUAUUAACCAAUAAAAAAAAUUGUAACUUUAUAUUGAAAGAAAUGGAUUUAUAUGGUUAUGUCA